AGAACAAUCAUGCUCUGCAGAUCAUGUUUGAUACUUUCAGUAUUGUCAAUCAGCACGACAAGUGCCUUUGUGAUCAACGGACCAAGCACGGGAUUGCCUUUGAGGAAUGCACAACGGGGAGUAACGCGACCAGGUGUGCAGAUGAGGCUUGGCCAUGGCCAGAAGGUCCUCAUUGAGGUACCAAUGAAGCUUGAGAACGUUCACCUCAUGGCAAAGACGGAGGUACAGGAGGAAGUCGUCGAGAAGAAGAUUGGAGGUCUAACCGUCAACACUGCUGGAAUGGGACAAGCGCCGUUCUGGGUGGCAGUGAUCGGGGGACUGACCGUCUUGAAGAUGGUGAAGCAGAAGAUGGAGGGCAGGAGUAUUCUUGACAACAAAGACACGAAGUACAUUCCACAGACAGAUCAGGAGCUCGAAGAGCUGCAUGUCUUCGCUUGCGGUGGAUGCGGAUAUGAGAUGAUGCCAGCAAGGGGACGCGAGGGAAAAUUCUUUCCCGACAAGUUCAAGUGCCCCAUCUGUGGAGCUGGCAAGGAGGAAUUCUGGGACAAGAACGACCCUAAUGAUCCACGAAACCAGGAAGAUGAGGCGGCCAAUCAGGCAAAGCCGUCCAAGAAGUAGAUCAAUCAGACAUGUACUUAGAAUUGAUUUGAACUCACGUUGCAAGUCAAGUCGAGUACGGAA